AUGAAGUGCCGCGUAACGAGACAAGUCCCGACGAUGAUGCGUAUCGCCCUUGUCGUAGCGGUGGUGCAUGCAUCGCCGGCCGAGCCCUUGCCCUCCAGCCUGCUCGGUGGAAUUGGUAACGUCGCAAAUACCGCAACCAAUUUCCUAACGGGAGUCGUGCAACGGCAAAAAGAACUAUUGCAUCGCGUUACGGACACUGCCGCGGACUACAUUACCAGCGCAGUAGAAAAGCCGAGAAAUUUAUUACUCAACGCUACCAGGGUGACGACUGGUUAUAUUGACAAUGCAGCCUCAAGGGGUCUCGAGUUCAAACUGAAAAGAUUUCUAGAGAAAUUCCGUACUAGGAUGCGCAACGGCAUCACAGAGCUGGGUAUUCCUCCGCUGGAGCCAUUCACUCUCGACGAGAUCGACAUCGACACGGAUAACCCAGAAAUCGGAAAGAUAUCCUUAGUCAUUGAGAACCUGGAAAUGAGAAACCUAUCGACUUUCUUAAUUGACCGAGCUAAGUUAUCGCUAAUCGGCCCUACUAUCACCAUCAAUAUCUCCAUACCCGAGAUUUAUGCUUCGGGCCAUUACAACAUUUCCGGCAUCCUGGGCAAUACGUACCCGCUACGCGGUGCGGGUUCUUUUCAGACAACUGUACGCGACUUCCGCGUUUACGUGAACACUGUGCUGGGCUACGCCAGAGGAAUGUACAUGAAGAGAUUCGACCUCGACUUCUCGUUGCGUGCCAUCAAAAUGCACUUAGAGAACUUUAUGGGCGGUGAAGAAAUCGGACAAAUUAUGAGCAAGGUAUUUGAAGAUUUAACACCGGAAGCACUGGAUGUUAUUAAACCGGACAUAUUGCCUCCGAUUCAGGAUUAUGUAGCGAGCCAUGUGAACGAGACGAUUCAUCAUUUGACUAUGAGAGAUCUGUUUCACGUCCUCCUAGGGGAAUACGAGUUUGGAGAUAUUACGCACCUAUUGAUACCCUGAGGAGAUAUUCGUGAAAACAUAAUCGAAAUGCAUCGCCGAAUUAUCGGACCGCGCAACUACGAGCGCAAUAACACGAGCUCAGUGUGUGUCUGAAAGUGCCUUCAUUUAAGGCGUAAGGGACCGCGAUUGCAACCGAAGUAUAAUGUACUCCGUUGCGAUGCGAUGGAACGAACAAUACCCGCGACGGCAAUA